AUGGAAAGAAAGCUUGGACAGUUCGAUCUGCUGUUUCUAUCAAUAUGCAAUAUGGUUGGAAUAGGCAUCUUCAAAACAGCACACUACGUUCUUAGGCACACUGGGUCGUGUGUGUGGUCUGUUGCAUUGAUUGCUGCAUCGGGUGCAAUAGCAACAAUGUUCGGCCUUUGCUAUGCAGAACUCGGAUCAACAUAUCCGUAUCCCGGAGGCGACAUCAACUACCUCAAAAGAGCAUAUUCAAAGUAUGUGGGAACGGCAUACUCAAUUGCUUCAAUUGCAUGGAUUCUUCCACUAUCUUGCGCAGUUAUGGCGGUUACAAUCCAAGAAUGCUUCAAGGAAGUUGUUGGAAAAAACAUAUUUAUUGCUGUGAUGCUUGUGAUGAUUUCAAUGCUGCUGUCAUUUGGUGGAAGGCUAGUCACAUGGACAGUGCGGAUCUUAUUCUUCCUCAAGGUUGCCACAGUUGCCUUUCUUGUUAUACUUUCUACCGUUUCAUUCUUCAAGGCCCGCAAAAUAUCAAAUCCCGCAAUACUUGAUCCAAGAAACGCCAAGGCAGAUAUGAAUGCUCUUGGCGUUUUGAAGGGACUUUGCUUUACUCAAUUCUCGUUUGAUGGAUGGAACAACGGAAACUACAUUGCAAACCGAGUACGGAAUCCUGGAAAAGCAUUCCCAAGGGUAAUUCUGGGAUCUAUAUGGACCACAGCUGCAAUUUACGCACUGACGACACUUUCAGCAAUGUUUGUGGUUCCAUACACCGAGAUCAUCAGCAAUGGAAUGUUCAUUGAGGAGUACUUCAGGAUAAUGAGCAUCCCAAUUCCGUCGCAUAUGCUCUCGGUUGUUGUGACUCUGAUACCAACAAUAGGAUCCUUGAUGUGCUCUCUUAUUGUAAGCUCGGGUAUUAUGGAGUCGCUUUUUGCAGUGAAGUUUUCAAAAAGACUCGAGGUGCUGUCGUCGCUACUAUUUUCUCUGGCUGUGUUUUUGUUUUCGAUGCUUGAGGACAUACACGGGCUUAUUAGUAGAAUAGCGUUUGGAACGUCUUUUUUCUACUCGCUGUCAUGCAUUGGGCUUGUGGUUCUGAAGAUAAGACAGCCAUGCGAGGAGAGGCCAUUUAAUCUUCCCUUGGCCGUUCCUGUACUGGCAUCUGUGCUGGGAAUUGUUGUUUGCGGAUGUAUUGCUGUUUAUUCGUGA